AAUAAGUCAUUAUUAGGAAAAUGGUGGGGAAGACUGCUUAUGGAGAAAGGGGGGCUAUGGAAGAGAGUCCUAGCUGAAAAAUAUGGGAUCAAAGAAGGGUAUUGGCUCACUUGCUUAAAGGAGGGCAGACCACAAGGCUCCAAAUGGUGGAGGGACGUUUGCAAAAUAGACCAAGGGGAGGGCAUAAUGAAUAACUGGGUUAGUUUGGGUUUUGAAGCAAAAUUGGGGGAUGGUGGAACUUUGAAAUUCUGGUCGGAUGUAUGGGUAGGAGGGAGUGCACUCUCUAUCAAAUUCCCUCGUUUGUUUUUGUUAACCACAGACCAAAAUGCAACUGUUAAAGAUAUGGGAACCUGGAGGAAUAGCAGCUGGCACUGGGAAUUACCAUGGAAGCGCCAACUUCGCUCAUGGGAGGAGGAUCUAGAAAAAGAGCUUCUUGAGAUAAUUAAUACAACUCACCCUUCACAGAACAAAGAAGACCAGUGGAGUUGGCAUUUAGAAAUCUCAGGAAAUUACACAACUAAGUCUGCUUAUUCUCAACUAUCAAAGGGUGUUCCAAGGCAUGAAGGGGACUUCAAAAGGGUAUGGAAAGCACCUAUCCCACCCAAAGUAAGUGCAUUUUGUUGGCAAUUACUUCAUAGGAAAUUACCUACAAAAGAUAAUCUAGCAUCUCGCGGAAUUUUAACUGAUAUAGCAAGUUCUAAUUGUUGCUGGUGUGAUGCAUUUCCCGAGUCCCAUGACCACAUUUUCUUACAUUGUAACCUGGCUUACUCCUUGUGGAUUAAAUGUUACAAGUGGUGGGGAGUGCAUUAUGUUAUGAGUAAUUCGUGUAGAAUGGUUUUAGACCAACACAAAUGGACUGGAGGCAAUAAAUUAAUAGAUAGAGGGUGGAAUAUCAUUUGGUUUGCAGUGGUAUGGACUCUAUGGCUGGGAAGGAAUGACUGGAUUUUUAACAAAAAGGAGGUAAAGGCCGACUGUCUCCUUGAGCUAGUUCAAAUUCGAUCUUUCUACUGGGCUAAGAAUAUUGCUGGAAUGGACGGAUUCUCCUUGCAAGCUUGGUGCGAGAACCCAUCCAAUUGUUUAAAGACCACCAACAAAAGGAAAGACAGGGUCUGAACUAGCCUUCUUAUUGGAUUUUGUUAUGUUUUGCAUUGAUAUAGCAGGCGGCAGGAUAAUUUUGCAACCUGCUGUUUUGCUGCUCCUGUAAGAAUUGGGUUGGAAUACCCCUAGUAUUCCAAUAUUAAUAUUUCAUUCGCCUUUCAAAAAAAAAAUUUAUUGUUCUCAAUUUUCCAUAUCUCCUUAUAUUUCCUUUAGAUCUCAAGCCUUUCUUUCGAUCUUAUUCUUCUUUUCUUUUUUUUUUUUAACGAAAUGGGUUAAUAGAAACUAUUGCUUUGA